AUGUCAACAUUUCAACAAAAAAAGUGUAACAUCGGAUAUGAUCCCGGUGCAGCACCAUACGGCAAUUUUAUAAACUAUUACACAUUUAACCCACCAGAGAACCGUUUAAGCCUCAUUCCGACCACACUUAUUCAGGAUUUGGGGUAUGGCAAGGACAGCAGUGAAACCAUAUUGAUGCUGGAUGUCGGUUGCAAUUCAGGGGACCUGACAGUGGCAUUGUACAGACACCUUCAACAGAGAGUCUUGUCUGAAGACUCUACAACACCACCCGACACUGAUCUCCAACUCCUGGGCUUCGACCUGGACGAAACCCUGAUCCUCCGGGCCCAACAGACCAACCCUUUCCCCCAGAGCAUCUCUUUCAUUCCCUUAGACAUCACUGAGGAUGCUGCUAGCCAGACCCAGCUACAGGACUACCUGAGACAACAUGGCGGCUUCCGCUUCCACCUCUCCCUGUGCCUGGCUGUUACCAUGUGGGUCCACCUGAACCACGGAGACGCUGCCCUACUGGGGCUCCUCUCCCGGCUGGCCUCCGUCAGCCAACAUCUCCUCCUGGAGGCCCAGCCCUGGAAGUGCUACCGUUCGGCUGCCCGGAGGCUGAGGAAGCUCGGGCGGUCUGACUUUGACCACUUCAAGGAGUUAAAGAUCAGAGGAGAUGUGGCAGAACAAGCCAGGGAACACUUAGAGAAACACUGUGGGAUGGCACUGAUGCAGUGUUUCGGUAGUACCAGCUGGGAUCGUAGACUGCUCCUCUUUAGGAGAAGAGAGACGGUUGACCUACAUACGGUUGACCUACAUUUAUCCCAGUAGAUAAAAUGACUGGACUUGUAGUAUAUGUUAUGAUGAUUGUCUUGAAGGAGUAAACUGAGAACAUUUGAAAAUUGUCUUCCUUGACAAUGAAGUGACAAGGUCCUAAGGAAAUAUGUAUGUGUGCAGAGAAGGAACUCCAAGUUCCUUAGCCUCCUUCACAGCCAGCUCAAGUUCUUUAAGUGCAGCGAAGGACCAGUAUGUUGAUUGAACACUAGGAGGCAAUAAUACUCUGUUACUACUUGUAUUACCACCAUACCUAGUCUAUACUUUCAGCUAUGCAUUUAACUGAUCUUACUCGAUUUUCAUCUUAAUAGCGUAUAUGUUCUGGCAAACAAUUAUGAAUGAACU